AUGUUACGUUCCGCCUUCCAGCCCGUUCAGAGGGUUCCUGCCACGGAAGCCUUGGAGCUCUUGGUCAAGAGCAGCGCUUCUGUUGCUGCUUCGGACGAUCCCCUUGAAUUGGUUCAAAAGGGGCUGGUCCGUUGCUCUCUCAGUGAUGGUAGCGACCUUGCCUUGCUAAAGAUCAGCAGUAGUCGUUGCUGCCCUUCACUGGAAGAUGACGAAGCUCCACCCAGCAAGGCUGGCAGCAACUUUCCCGAAAUCUCCUGGGUUCUCGACGACGAUCUUCUCCCCAACGACGACGACGACGACGACUCUGCCACAUCUCCUGUGACCCUCCAUGUCUACGCCACUGCCUCCUGGAAGGACAACCGUCGCACUUCCUACGAUGCCAAAACUGGCGGCUUGGUACGCUCCAAAGGCAUGGUCUCUGCUCUCCACAUGCUCCGCUUCGACCGCCCAGAACCACCCGUGCAACGUAGAAGGUGCACCAUGAAUUGA